AUGUCCUCCAACCUCAAGGGAUCAUUAGGAGCGCCCCAUGUCAGUCCGUGCCCCGAGCCUCUGCGUCUGCCAGUGGAUGGAGCAGCGGAGCUACCACUAUCAGAUUUUGUUUGCGAAGUGUGCAACAGUGUCGACUGGGUCCGUGUUGCGAAUUUGAAAGACAUCUAUCGAGGUCAGAGGUACCCCUGGCGCGUGGUGAUGCCGUCGCUCAAUUCGACUUCAGCCGAGCUCAGCGCGUCGCCCUGCAAGGUCUGCCGGAUAUUGUCCGCCGUCAAACCUGCGACUUACGACGGCCACCGAUGUGUGCUCUACGCCUACACAGACUGGCAUGGAUACACGCAACUGCGCGUGAUUUCUCAACAAGUCCACGGUCUGGAGACGCGGAGCCUACACAUGUACUCAGACCAAGAGGUAUUUCCCUGUCUUACCGUCAUAGGAUCGAGUGAUGACCAAGACUUGAAGAGUAUGGAGAUUCAGCCGAACCGUAUCGAUACAAAGUGUUACGAAGACUUAAAGGGUGUAAUGAAGAAUUGCGCGCAAAGCCAUGGUCAGACUUGCAGACCCAUGUCCAAGUCUUCCAUGAUACCAGGAUUCAGGGUGGUCGAAGUAUCAUCCAGGAGGGUCAUCGAAGCCUCGGACCAGUGUGAAUAUCUCGCCUUGUCUUACGUUUGGGGUAAUCGUGAGCAUUCAGAUGAUCUGAGAGCCGCUCCUCCCGUGAUCAAAGACACGUUUUCAGUUGCUGAGAACUUGGGGCUGAAAUACGUGUGGAUUGACAAAUAUGCAACUGCGGGCGAGGACGCCCAAUCAGGACUGCCCGGUGUCUCGAGGGCUCGUCGACAACAACGAGAAGUCAACGUCAAAGGUGUCACUUUGAUCGAGCUGCCCUACAGUAAGGACCACGGCUCGGCGUUGUUAAGCUCGAGCAAGUGGGCGACGAGGGGCUGGACUUAUCAGGAAGGAUACUUAUCAACGAGGCGUCUCAUAUUCACCGAGUAUCGUCUUCUGUACCUGUGCAAUAAAGACUUUGCCCCUGAACCGUUCAAGAAGCAAGAAUCGACCACUGGGGUAGCCAUGUGGUCCAAGGAACACUGGGCUAGAAAACACUCAUUUGCGCGCUUCGUCCCCCACACCGCUUUCAGUGGCCACCGGGCGAGUGCUGCAAACCUCCGAGAACAGAUCCAGGAGUACACUAGGAGAGAUCUAAGCCACUCAGAAGAUUCACUGAAUGCCUUUCUCGGUGUUCUGGACUACAACUCCAGGACCGCGAGACCCAUGGCCCAUCUUUGGGGAUUGCCAUUGUACGAGGACCAGGCCACGGCACCGCAGCCAAGAGACGUUUUAUUCGAGCUCUUCUGGUGGCACGAAGCACCAAGCACCCGGAGGCACAGGUUUCCAAGUUGGAGCUGGGUAGGCUGGGCCGGGCCUGUGAGGUUCCGCACGAGAAACAAGGUUCGGAUGUUCCCCGAAGGACUACGCCUGCCGCCACCGAGCCACCCGGGAGGCACCAACAUCUCUGUCGUGGGCAACGGAGAUCAGACGCUAUAUGAACACGCCGACGCCCUCCUGAAAAAGACCGAGGCCCGCGAUCUUCUACGAUCCCAGCUAGGCCCACGGAGGCUGCUUGUGUCUUGCCACGUCCUGCCCCUGCGGGUGCAGCGCUUUCACCUCUCCCAGGAUCGAAUCAACGAUGAGUAUAUGAUGGCGACCCAGCACCCUUCGAGUGCAAUUAUCAACACGUGGAGCCGCAGACCUAACCACCCAAGUGGUGGUCACGUUGCAGUUGUGCAGGUCUGCAGUGGGAUACACAUGUGCAUACAGCCCCGGCUGGACCAGGAGGUCCGCCAAUGGGACGACUGCUUCGCUCUGCACUUUGGUACUGCUCAGAGCACCUCCCCCGGUCUGUUCACCCGUGAUCGUAACCUUCUGGUUGUGAAGCGCAUACGCGGUGAAGUCUAUAAGCGUAUAGGGCUGAUACACUGGCAUUUCCUCGACUUUGACCAGCCGAUAUUCUUCAUAGACGAGGAGGCCGAAUUCAUGGAGGAGGUUAUUUUGCCGGCCGAGGAUGAAUUAUUCUGUACCGUAGCGGGGAAGAAGACCAUCUGUCUAGCCUAG